AUGCCCUGCGGGCCACAAGCCGCCAAGCGCCCUUGCUUGAGCGACGACCGUGGCGGCAUCGAACACGACGGCCAAGGCGUCUCAGGCCCUCAAACUUUUCGGUAUUGGCAAUGUGCAGGCAGUAGACGGCCUGUUGCAGGAUUCCGUCAGCAUCUCGACAUGGUGAGCCAUCGUCCAGCCUUGGGGGGCGCACAUGCGCCAUCGCAGUCGAUGGCGCUCACUCACUCGCUCACAUGCCCUGAUCCCAGAUUUCAUGUGCCGUGCUCAUCGUGA